AUGGUGAUCUACAUUUUUCUCAGGACCCUCAUCGCUUUCCUCGGUAUCAUAUUCUUCUUCAUUGUCAUCCUCGACGCCCCCGAAAAGGCGUGGUUCCUCGACGACAGGGAGAAGCUCAUCACGCGCGAACGUCUCCUCAGCAAUCUCCUGAGCAUCGACAAGAACUACUUCGGUUGGCACCAGAACCGCAUCGGUUAUCUUGUCGGCUUCUACCUCGUGUUCCCCAACGCCGUCUCAAACAUUAUCCUCCUCGACAAUGUCAUCACCAACGUCGCUGGCCGAACCAAGAAGCUGUUUGCGGACGCAAUGUUCAUGUGA